UCUAUUGAAUCGUCAACACAUUAUGAGAGGAACGCCCAGUCCAGUCGUAACUGUGAAGAAAGUUGUGAAUCUGAGGUGGAGCUUAGUUGCGCUUGCGCAGUGGUUGCAGUGUGUUGAGUGCCAAGUGAGGGAAACAGGCUCCUAGAAAUCUAAAAAUGUUUAGUUGGUUGAGCAGAGAUGAAAACAAGAAGGGACCAGAACUGUUUGAAAGUGUUGUGGAAGGUCUUAAAAAAAUAUACAAAACAAAGUUAUUGCCACUAGAAGAAUUCUACGAUUUUCAUGAGUUCCAUUCGCCGAAAUUAGAAGAUCCAGAUUUUGAUGCGAAGCCCAUGAUUUUAUUGGUGGGCCAGUAUUCUACCGGUAAGACAACAUUUAUUCGAUAUUUAUUGGAACAGGAUUUUCCAGGUAUUCGGAUAGGCCCUGAACCAACAACUGACAGGUUUAUAGCUGUCAUGUAUGGUGAUAAUGACGGAGUCAUACCUGGAAACGCAUUAGUUGUCGACCCGAAGAAACAGUUUAAACCUCUAACAAAAUUUGGAAAUAUGUUCCUAAACCGGUUCCAGUGUUCACUGGUAAAUACGCCUGUGCUUAAAGGAAUAUCCAUUGUUGACACGCCAGGAAUAUUAUCCGGUGAGAAACAACGUGUGGAUAGGGGCUACGAUUUUACUGGCGUGUUAGAAUGGUUUGCAGAAAGAGUUGACAGAAUCAUAUUGUUGUUUGAUGCCCAUAAGCUUGAUAUAUCUGAUGAAUUCAGAAGAUCGAUUGAAGCCCUUAGAGGACAUGACGAUAAAAUUCGUAUCGUUCUUAAUAAGGCAGACAUGAUAGAUCAUCAACAGCUUAUGAGAGUUUAUGGAGCGUUAAUGUGGUCUUUAGGUAAAGUACUCCAAACACCGGAAGUAGCAAGAGUCUAUAUCGGAUCUUUCUGGGAUCAGCCAUUGCGGUACGACGUAAAUAGAAGAUUGUUUGAAGAUGAAGAACAAGAUUUAUUCCGGGAUUUACAGUCUUUGCCAAGAAAUGCUGCACUGAGAAAGCUGAAUGAUCUCAUCAAGAGAGCUCGUUUGGCCAAGGUACAUGCUUAUAUUAUAAGUGCCUUAAAAAGAGAGAUGCCAGCUAUGUUUGGUAAAGAUACAAAGAAGAAGGAACUGAUCAAGAAUUUGGGCCAGAUUUAUGAUCAGAUACAACGUGAACAUCAAAUUUCACCUGGAGAUUUUCCAGAUCUGAAGCGUAUGCAGGAAGCUCUCUCACACCAUGAUUUCACUAAAUUUCAUCCAUUAAAACCACGUCUCUUAGAAGUGGUUGACAAAAUGUUGGCUGAAGACAUUGCUAAUUUGAUGGCAAUGAUUCCUCAUGAAGAAGUUACGCACCCAAUUGAGCCACAUGUGAAAGGUGGAAUAUUUGAAGGUGUUGAGGAUAAAGUUAGUCCAUUUGGAUACAAGAAAGGAGAAGGAGUAGAUGCAGGCUCAGGAGAACCAGAGUGGAUUGUGAAUAAGGAGAGAAGCAAGUAUGAUGAAUUGUUCCGAAGUCUGGGACCAGUUGAUGGAAAGCUUUCAGGUUCAGUGGCAAAGAAAGCUAUGGUUGCAUCCAAAUUGCCAAAUCAGGUAUUGGGCAAGAUUUGGAAGUUAUCAGAUAUAGACAAGGAUGGUUUCCUGGAUGCAGAUGAAUUUGCAUUGGCUAUGCAUCUGAUUGAUAUCAAAGUUGAUGGUCAUAGUCUACCAACUGAACUUCCUGACCACUUGGUGCCUCCAUCAAAACGCAGCUCUUAGCAUUAUGGACAGAAUCAAAUUGAAGAAAAAUAGUUACUGAUUUUAAAGUACUGGUUAAGAGCUGGACAAUAUAUUUAUAUACAAAUCAGAUGUUAUUAUUUUGCGUGUAUACUUCAUGUAUCAUGAAACAUAUGCAAGCCUAUAAUGCACAAAAUUUGUAUACUCUUUCGCAAAGAGUUUUGAUGUGGAUAUUUCUGUCAAAAAUACACACUGAUUCAAAAACUAAAAUUUUAUAGACAGACAGAAAUCAGAAUGUGUGUUUAUGAUGUUUGUAUGUAUCAUUCCAUUCCAUUUUGUUCCAUUCCAUUCCACCCAACACCACCACCAAAAUAAUGUGUGUGUGUGUGUGUGUGUGUGUGUGUGUGUGUGUGUGUGUGUGUGUGUGUGUUUUGGUGAUGGGUGGGUCAAGUUUAAAUUAUGUGCUCAUUGUUGUAGUUACCUGUAUGCUAUAGACAUUCAAGCCAAAUGCCAUGCCACUCGGACCAGAUGCUACUGCCCGCAUGCAGUUUUAAACAAAAUUUCUGAAACAUUACAAAUUCAGAAUAAUUUGUUGUAAAUACAUGGAUGCAUUCAACAUUAUGCUCUGUUUGUUAGCUAUUAAAUCUUUAAUGAGUGUAGAAUAUGAUGUAUAUUUGUUUCAUUGAAGCUUUUACUGAUGUAUUUCAGUAAUAAGAUUUUGUGAUUCCUUUGUUUGUGAGUAAAUUCAUUGUUAUUCCUAGUCAGUUGAAUGAAAAACUAUAUUCCUAUCAGUCCUGUGUAUUUUAAUCUUAAAUGGCAGCUGUUUCUGUCAACUCAUAUUUUUCAUAGUCAAUAUUUCUAAGAAAUAGGUUUUUAAAUAUGAACCAAAAGUGUCAAAUUAUAUGGAAUUUAAAAAACCAAAUGUGAUUACCUCUUCCUUUAAUACAAGAGCUUGGAGAAAUAUCUUAACCCAUUUAUGCCAGCAAAACUUUUUUUUUUUUUUUUCAAAAAAUAUUAAAUAUUUUGCACAAAAUGGAUGCAAAUUAAGUCGUUGUAGAUGAGAAUUUAAUAGAAUUAUGUAUUUAUUUUUUACUUCUUUUUAAAAGCAGAUUUCCUUGUGAAAGAACAAUAGGCACAUAGGCAUAUAUUUUAUCCGCAUUUCUAUAAAACAGUUCUUUAAUCUUUUGUAUGGUUGCUAGUAAAACAUGUUACCAUGAAGGGCAGCAUUAAAUUCUUGCGUUUAGUAGAAACUUUUUAAUGACAAAGGUGGCAUCAUCUUUUUUUUGAGGUGAUCAAAUCUAUUGUAUCUUAAAUCAAUAUUUUCAAAGCUAAACAGUCUGCUCCAUUUCCUGUUGUAUUCUCUGGAUGAACUGCUUUCCAAUAGAGCCAUUGCAACCCUGCAAUGGAAUGACAGCUGCCAGGCAUUUUGUAUAGCAACAUAUACAGUGGGUUAUCAACGGCAUGUACCACUUUUUACCAUGAAUUGAAAUGUGAUAAAGGCUUAUAUUUUCAUCACAGUGGUCCAUUCCACUCAUACAUUUAUGUACGUGGAUUGUAUGUAGCUGAGCGAUAGACAUCUUCUUUUCUUUACUGUAGUAUUUUGUGACCAUAUGCAAUGGUUCAACUGGAGACGCAUUUGAGACAAUGUGUACUAUACUGCUGUCAUUCCACUGUAUCAUAAUAGAUGCCUUCUCUGUCACUUGAGAUUGAUAGGAUCCCCAGAGCUUAUUUUUUGUUUCAUAAGGGGACACGCUGAUGAUGUGUUUUUCCUUAUAGUUCCUAUCACUUGUAACUUGUGGUUCUUUAAUUUGUAUAGAAGUGGUACAGUUGUGAAUUAGUUUUAAAAAACUAAAUGGGAAGGGAAGUACCAAUCCUUUCACAGACUAUUUAUGCAUACUGCAAAGCAAUGGAUUGUCAUAGGUUGGACAACUUGUAUUUAUCUAAAAUUUUUGUUUUUGAUCCUUAAUAAUCCAUAAUACAUCACUGCUUGAAGCUGCACCUGCUCACAGUUUGUAUCUGUAAUCUGUAUCUAAUUGGCUUGCAUCAUAUAAACUGUUUGCACCCAUGGUGCCCAAAAUAUAGCACCAUUGCCUCAUCAACACUGUGGUUUUCAUGGUGAGGAGCAAAAUGUUAAAACAGGUCAUUUAGAGCUUAGAAAAGAGGGCGAACCUUUGCAAAAUUAUUAUCCAGGUCAAGAGCAUCAUUAUAACAACAGUGGAGGUUGAAAAAGAUAAAUUCAAAUCUGUCUCUAGAAAGUGCACUUGAAACAGCAUCAUUGCACUAAUCUUGUAUUUUUUUCCCCACCACAGUCUUCAUCUCAGAACUGUAAAAUAACCACUUAGAAACAGGAUACAUAUGAAACACUUCAUUUUUCAGUUCUAAUGUCACAAAGUUUGUUCUUUCUUGCAACAUAUCUGUUACUUUCUCCAUUCUCCACUAGAAGCGGCAGUGCACAUUGUCAAAAAAGCAUGGAAAUGAUUCUAAAGGAGAUUAAUUCUGUUUGGCAAAUAAUAAUUCAGGCAACACAGCAGGCAAAACACUGAGUUUACCACUUUUUCAAACUUAUCAGUUUUCAUUGCAACUUGUAAUUGUUUUACUUUUGUCUAAAUUAUUGUCUUCAUGACUACUACUUGCACUACUGAUAUUCCUACUUUUAUCGUCUCCUUGAAACUGAUUUUCCAUUAUCUGUUCUUCUUCGCUUUCUUCAUCUCAAUCUGUAUCCACCAUUAUAUGAAUGCAGCUUUCUAGUAGUUCUACUUCAGCUCGCUACAUACUCUAUGGUAAGUUGUUGGGUGACAUGGUAUCUUUUGCCCCAGAAUCUUCAUCUGACAAGUCAGGGUUUGUUGCAUUCACAGGUGGCAUAACUAUUUCUAAAGUUUUAUCAUAUGUUGUCUCAUCCUCCUGCUCAAGAGUACAGAUAGUUUCAUAAAGUGUUAAACCCCCAAAACAUUAAUAUGAGAUUAUAGUUUUUUGUAUUGCUGAAAUAGUGCAGAUAUGUUUGUGAGAAUGACUAUUGACAUCUAAAAAGGAUAUAAAAAAAUAUUUGUUGUAUGUAACAAAGCUACUAUAAACUGCAAAUUUUCUUUUACUUUUAAAACAAAAUAUGCCUUUGGGAGUUAACAUUAUUUUACAGCUCAUUACUUCAAGAUAAACACACAAAAACUUACCUUUCGGUAUUUAUGGUGAUGCAAAAAGCUAUUUUGAAAAGAUCAGCCAAGAUAUUGAUUAUUUGCGUCAACAGUCACUUCCAAGAAUGCAAAACACAAGCAGCCUUGAUAAUGUGUAGCUGUGCUAACCAUGUGUGCCAACUGGUUGCAAAAGUAGUACCUACAUUAAAUAAUAAAAUUUACAAACAUUACCACUGUCCUUAUGGGAGGACAGUAGGCAGGUCAGGGUUAAAUAAUACCCACCUAACCACGUGUGAUUUAAAUUUUGGGGUGCUGUUGGCAAAUGAUAGUUUAACUAUAGUCCAUCAUAUUAUCUUGUCCUUUCUCCUUUAGUGAAAUGCUCAGUUAUUAUUUUGGUGUGCUACAGUUAAAUUAACUUGAUCCAAGUCUAUAAUGUAAGGCAUUAAAAGUUUUUACGUUGUGAUUGUGCCUGUUGCAGAUAUUGUCAGAAUAUGAAUUGUAACUGAAGUUGA